AUGGUCUUUGUCGAUGACUUGGCUGAGCGUUAUCCCCAUAUCACCCACGCCCCCUGGAACGGCCUCACACUGGCUGACUUGGUCAUGCCGUGCUUCCUGUUUAUGGUGGGGUGUUCUAUGGCGUUUAGCCUGAAGCAGUACAUAUACACAGACGCACAGAUGCAUGGGCCUACCCUGGCCAAGUACAACACGUACAGCUACUGGCGGAACUACGCCCUGCGGAUAGACGGCACCAAGCAUGCGCUGUAUCGCGCGUUUAAACUGUUUGGCCUGGGAUUGAUACUGCAAGGGGGUGAGGAGUUCAGCGACAACUCCUACUACUACGGAUGGAAUCUGCGGACACUCAGGUGGUGUGGCAUCCUCAACCGUAUCGCCUUUGCCUAUCUGGUUGCUGUGCUGUUAGAGCUAUGGCUACCAUACACUGAUCCUAGUGCCUUGCGUAGUCGUGCAUCGAGUGUGGUGAGCAGAGCUCCGAGUUCUAAUUAUAGAACAACUCCGGCCAAUGAAAACGCCCCGUUGCUCGACCACGGCGCCAGUGACAAUGGUGCCGGAGAGGAGAGGAAGUUCGGGCGCCUAAAAAUAGCAGCCAAUCAGAUGCGUGGCUCGCUUGGGCGGCACCUGGCGGUAUUCCGCAUGGGCGUGUGGCAGUGGGUAGGCGCAGUGGUGGCUGUUUGCGUCCACCUACUUCUCACCUACCUGACAUGGGUACCUACCUGGGAGUCACACUACCGAUGGGAUGCCACAGGUGCUCUGGAAUUCCUGGACGGGAGUAGGGAUGCUCCAACGGUGACGAUUGAGUGCGAUGUGAGGGGCAGUACACUCUCACCCGAAUGCAGUGCGCAGGGUUUCUAUGACAGGCUGCUGUUUGGUCAGGACCAUCUGCACAACUGGAGGAGUGUAGGUAAGCCCAUGAGCCAUUAUAUCUGGAGGAGUGUAGAGGGAUCGCUCAGCAGCAUAGCGUGCAUAGCCACAGUACUGAUAGGUCUACACUACGGGAAGGUUGUAACCGCAAACAAGCUGCAUUCGGCCGAUGGACUGACUAAUAAGUACGUAUAA